AUGUCAGAGAAAGCAGCAGCCACAGCAGCGGCCCUGCCGCCGGCGGUCGUGGAGGCAGCGGCGGCGGCGGCAGCACCAUCGGCACCGCCAACUCAACAGAAGCUAUCGGAAUCGGACGAUUUCACCGACAACUCGGUAGAAAACACAAAGGAAGCAAACCAAGAGGACACAUCGCAGCAAAGUGGUGUGGCGGCGGUAGAAUCUGAGUACGAUACGGCCUCCGAUUCGCCCUCGGACGGCGGUGAAGAAGACGACGAGGAAGACUACGAGGACGAGGAAAGUGGUGGAGAAGAGGAAGAAGACGAAGAGGAUGACGAAGGUUCGGACGAGGAGGAGGAGGACGGAACGGAUGAAGAGGAUGACGACGAUGUGAUCGAGGUCCUCGAUUACGAGCGACAGAGCGGUGACGGGCAGGAGCAGGAUGUGGAAAAUCGCCGAAAGGUGGAUGACGACGAGGACCGCAGCAACCCGCAGUACAUCCCGAAGAAGGGCACGUUUUAUGAGCAUGACGAUCGGACGGCUGAGGAUGAUCUCGACGAGUCGGGGUUGGAUGCUGACGAUCCGCGAUCGAAACGGAACGAGGAUGGGCUUGGAGAUGGUCUAGGUGAUACACACGGUGGUGGAGGCGGUGGUGGCGGUGGAGGUGGUGGACUUGGCACACCCGGUGUGUACGGAGGUGAACGACGUGGUUCGGAAAAAGGCGGUAGCGGAAGUGGCGCUAAGGGCAUGAAGAAAUGGCAAGCUUCUACUGAUCGCUGGACGCAUGAUCGGUUUGAUGAGAGCGAACAAGCCCCCAAAUCGCGGGCCGAGCUCGUGUUUGCGUACGGUUACGAUAUACGCCGAGAGGAUGGUCCUCCGAAACCACGACGAAAGCGGCGAUACGCACGUGGGCCGAACCGAUACACACGCAACUGGGAGGAUGAGGACGCAUACCAAAAAUCAUCGAACGUAGAGCACCAGCGUCACAAGAAACUUCCGCGACCUGAAGAGUUCCCGGAGCUAGCCGGGGCCAACGGAAAGGGUGCUGUCGGUGGUCGACCGACCGGUCGAGGAAGGAAUGGCAGUGGACAGAAGGGUGGCGCGGCACUUGAACAACGACGACAGUCAGGAACGGCGGAAACGGGGCGAGUAAAAUCAUCCGACGUACGUCGAUCCGGUCAGGAUCGAUCGAUGGGUCGCUCGGAAAGGACACGACCCGGUGACUGGACCGAACGUGAUCGAGGAGAUCGGGAACGAGAGCACGAUCGGGGUGCGGAUUGGGAUCGUUCGGAUUACGGUGGUGGUGGUGGUGGCUAUCGUAACGAGGAUCGUUCGUCACGAAACAACUAUCACAACAAGGAGAACAAACAGAGUGGUGCGAGAAACAGUAAGGAGAAAGAUUACAAGGUGAUCAACUCUCUGCAGUUUAAGAAUCAGGUUAGAAACAAGAAUGCAGAACCAGGUGGGAAUGGAGCGCCUGGUGGUGGGGCCGUUGCAUCCGGCCCGGUUGCCGGAGGUCCAGGCGCAUCGCCGAUGAUGCAUAGUAACAGUGGCGGUGCACUUUCCGGUAGCAGUAAUAGCAAUAAAAUGAACAACCAUGGUCCGGUGCAGCCGCAUGCCACCGCCAAUAGUGGUGGAGGUGGCAACGAUCGAAUGCACCUUCAGGAAUCCGCCCAACACAAUAGAACGAUGAACCCGGUGACUACUUCGGGUUCGCAUGGGUCCGUAAAUGCAUCCGCUGCACAGCAGCAACAUUUCGGGCAUCAUGCGCCAUCGCUGGGUCAGCCACAACAGCAGCAAUCGCAGCAGAUGCAACAACCACCGCCUCAGCAGCAACAGCAAUCGCAGCAACAGUCUUCGCAGAAAAUGAAACAAGGCUAUCUGGAGGAGGAACACGCGAAGUUUGGUCCAGUGUACUCUGGUGGUGGUGCGCCACACGAUCAUGGAGGUGCACGUAUGCAGCCUAACGCGAAAGACGGUCCUAACCGCCAGCUUCUUCCAUCGCCAGGUGCCACCAGCUCGGACGGAACCGUUGGAAACAUGUCCAUGAAUCAGCGAUCUCAAAUUUCGCCCCGUGCUAUCGUGUCGCAGAAUACACCCCAAGGCACUGGAGGCCAAGCUUCCUCGCAAACGAUGCGGUUACCGAUGGAUUAUCCCCAACCGCAAGGACCUUCCGUGCAGCAGAAUUACGCUGGACAACAGACCUCUCUGGCACCUCAACACGUUGGUCUGCAAAAUGUGCAACAGCAACAACAGCAGCUGUUACCGACAGAAGUUCCGCGCACUACAAAACGCUACUCGAGUCAGCGGCAACGAUCGGCGCUGGAAAAUGCUGCGAACGCCAACGCAAUGGCGGCGCAACAGCAGCAGCAACAACAAGCUGCUGCGGCUGCGGCUGCUGCUGCAGCAGCUGCCUCAAUGCACGAACAGCAACAGCAACAACAGCAGCAGCAGAUGUUGCAACAUCAGCAGCUACUACGGCACCAGCAGGAACAGCUUGCUCAACAGCAGAGCAAACAAAAACAGGUGUACCCUCAGCAACAGCUUCCACAGACAGGACCAGCUCCGGGUGGUCUGCCGAUGACGCUGCAAGGAACCGAUUAUCAUGGAGCCGGAAAAUCCCAGCAACAACAACCACCACCGCAAACUCAGGUUGGUGUGGGAGGACCAUCACCAGCUGGCCAAACGGGUCCAACUUCCGUGCAGUACCACCAGACACCGCCAGCCCUUUACUACGCUUCAGGUGGAGCCGGAGGACCUCCGCCACCAUCGGCGGCUGAUUACGUAACGGGUGCUCCACCAGGUGGCCAACAGCAACCACCGUCCGCCCAGGCUCCCCCGCCACCACAAGCUCAACCACAGUACGCUCCGUCUCCGUACGCAGCUCAGGGACCUCCACCUCAGCCGCCACAGGCUCCUGCCUACAUGCAGGGUCCACCGGCCCCGAGUGCCUAUCUACCCGCGCCACAACCUGCUAGCGUUCCAGCCGGUCCGCAGCCUCCUGCGGGUGUUCCGGGUGGCGCCCCGCCACCACCGAUGAAUUUUGUUCCCGCUCUAGGACCUCCACCGCCGGCCGCUGCUCCCGGUGUUAGUCCCGGUCAGUAUCCGGGUGCCGCUUAUGCUACCGGUUUUCAGCCUGGAUAUGUACCGCCCGUCGGUGUGAUGCAGCAACCGGGCGUACCCGGUGGUCCACCACCACCUCCGGUUAUAGCCGGCCCUGCCGGUGGCCCCGGUGGCCCUCCACCGACCGCUCUCUAUCAACCGGCAGGUGGCAUUACGUACUAUGCGCCUCAAACACAAACUCAAGCACCUAGACCGCUUCCCACUGGUCGAAGGCCAACGGCAGCCAUUCCCAUUCUUGCUCCUCCCGAUCGAAAACCGGCCACGACAACGGUAUCCUCCAAUGCCACCGGUUCGAUGGUGAGUAAAUCGGCAAGCAACCGAAGCGCGGGAUCGGCUGGUGACGCGGGUGAAACGGCAACAGAAACCGUUUCCGCUGGUGCGGACGUUACCGCUGCCGGUGGCAAUGCCACAUCGGCCGAUAGCGGUGAGAAUAUCGAUCACAUCCUGGACAACAUGUUCGUGCAGCGACCGCAGUAUCAGCCACCGUCACGGAAGAGCCCAUCACCGGCGCUGGCUAGCCAGCAACCACAGCAGGCAACGGGAUCAUCCGGUGGUACCGAAACUGCCGGUGGUGCAUCCGAGCUGCGUAACGAUAGCACUUCCACGGGGAACGAUGUUCAGGAAUCGAUGGAUAAGAUUGGUGAUUCCGUUAAAAAAAUGUCCCUGCAGGAUCCGGACAAACAGCAGCUGUCCAUUUCCGGUGGUGGUCUGUCCGCCGAUGGCACCGAGUCGGUCGUCGACACAAGCACAGGCACCCACGUGGUGGAAUGA